AUGUGCGAUGGCCUCGCCUCACAGCUCAAGGCGAGGAACUAUGAGGAGGCCAUCGACUUGUACGAUAAGCUGGACGCGGUUCUCUCGCGCCUCUACGGCUCCAUGCUGCAUGGCAGGGGCGUUGCUCGCUCCAUGCUGAAGCAGCACCAGCAGGCGGCUCUUGACUUGAAGCAGGCAGUGGAGAAGCAGCCACAGAAGGCAAACUACUGGGUGGAGCUGGGGCAGGAGUACACGCUUCUGAACGACUAUGCCAACGCGCACAGUGCCUUCGUCAAGGCAGUGGAGCUGGACCCCAAGAACGACAAGGCCAGGCGGUUCCGAGGCAUGAGUGCGUUUGAGAUAGAGCACUACGCAGCAGCCCUGGAGGACCUCGUCCCUGCACUCACCCGCGACCCGGCCAACACUCAGCUGCUCACACAGGUCGGGCUCUCUCUGCUGCGCCUGAACCGCUACCGCGAGGCACAGCCGUUCUGGGAGGCGGCUGUACAGGCGGACCCAGGGAAUGCAUGCCCGGGGGAGGCACGCCCAGGGGAGGCACACCUGGGGGAGGCACACCCGGAGGAGGGCGAGGCGUGGGUGCAGAAGGGCAUCACACACCGCAUCCUGGGGGAGGGGGAUAAGGCUGUGGGCUCACUGCUCAUGGCGCUCUCCGUGCAAGAGAACAUUGAUGCAUACCGCAACCUGGUAGCCACGAGGCGCUAUCAAGGGGAUCACUGGGGCGCCAUCGAGUGGUGCAACAAGGGCCUGGCGUUCAGCCCAGAGGACAGCGAGCUGCUGUACGUGCGCGCCUCCAUGCACCACGCGCUGGGCGACCAUGCCACAGCCCUCUCCUUGUACGACCAUCUCCUAGCAACGGCCACAGAGCAGCACAUGACGUUCAACCAGGCAGUCGCCUUCUACCAGAGGGAGGUGCUGCUGUACACAGUGGCGCGGCUCGACCAGCCCUUCUCAGCCUUCCAGAUAGACAACGACAUGGACGUGGACUUCAAGGUGGCGUGGCUGAACAGGAAGGUGCCUCCAGGCCUGUCGAACUACCAGAACCUCUCUGUCCCGGCCAGCCAAUUGGAGGGUGCCACGUGGCAGUUGCUGCCACAGCUGUCAGAGGAGGCGUUGGCUGUGAUCGCAGUAGCGGAUGAGAUUGGCUGGCGGGCCCACUACGAUACGGAUGGUGUGAUGCCAAACAAGCAGCAGCUGCGAAUGGCAGGACUGGCAGCUCUAGACGUGAUGCAGCGGGUGCGGGCCACAUGGGAGGCUAUAGCAGACGGGGGGCGCCUGCCAAGCAUCGUGGACAACGAAGAAGACGAGGAGGAGGGGGAAGGGGGAGAGGAGGAGGAAGGCAGGGAUGGCGAGGGCCCAUGGGACGGGCUCACAUCGCCCCCUCGGAUGCCGUGGAGUCGUAUUUCAGGCAGUGGUGAGGGCAGCGGGAGUGAUGGGGCCGGUGGGAGUGGAGGGAGUGGAGGGAGCGAGUCAGUGCAGCUGGUGGGGAGCUGGAGGCAGCUAUUCCAAGUCAUGGUGCCGUGGCGCCAGCUCUCCGACCCCACCGAGCCGCCGCUCUGGAAGGCCAUGUUCAAGAACCAGCGGUUUCAGGGGAACUUUCAAUCAUUCACUCCGAUCCACACGUGGAAGCAGCUCAGCGCCAAGUACAAUGCCAUCUAUGACAGGGCAGUGGAGGUGACACGGAAGGGACUUCUCGAAGGGCAGGAGGCACUGGACGAGGAUGGGAACGUCAUCCCUGUCCCCCGCGACACGUACGGGCCCAAGAUAGAAGCAGCAAAGGGCCAUGAGGGGCUGUACCAUGCCAUUGGUCGGGACUUCUAUCUGCGCCUGCCCCUGCACAGCAUGGCCAACCCCGGAAUGGUGUUGCAUGGAACAGAGUUCAAGUUGGAAAAGAAGGCGCUGUCAAUCGACUUUCAGACGUACACCAAGAACUCUGCCACGCAGUGGGGCCAGUUGGAUGAUGAGCUCACUGCUGCUUGGGAGAGCCUGUCAGCAGCAGUGUUAGAUCUGCCGACGAGGGCCACAGACAGCAGCCUGUACCAGCAGCGCAUUCGGGAGAACAUUCUGCGCAUCAGCUACUACUGGUUCCAGCUCAUGCCGCUGUCGCGCGGGUCCGCCAUGGUGGGGCUGGUCUCCAUCCUCGGCCUCUCCAUGGCUGCGGACAUGCAGACCACUGCGCGCAUCCCAAGGGAUGUCCUGGUUGACUGGGAGGGGCUGUUUGCGACUCGCUUCCAAGACUUUUACGAUGCUGUCGCUCCGUGGCUCUAUUCGUCAGUCAGACGAUCACCUUGGCACCUCCCUAUUGUGCGUGAGGUGCUCCCAACCACACGCCACGUACUGGCUGCUCUGAGCUACCAAUGA